AUGGAGGGGAGAUUAUUAACGGUGUUGGUUUGCCUCGUCUCUACGGUGGCGAUAGUGAACGCCGGCGAUCCUUACUUUUUCUACACAUGGAACGUUACUUACGGAACCGCCUCACCUCUCGGUGUUCCUCAAAAGGUGAUUCUCAUCAACGGUCAGUUUCCUGGUCCUAACCUUAACUCUACCUCUAACAACAACGUCGUCAUCAAUGUCUUCAACAACCUCGACGAGCCUUUCCUCUUGACCUGGAGUGGGAUUCAGCACAGAAAGAACUGCUGGCAAGAUGGUGUGGCUGGGACUUCAUGCCCAAUCCCAGCAGGAACAAACUUUACUUACCAUUUCCAACCAAAGGACCAGAUCGGUUCCUACUUUUAUUACCCUACCACUUCUCUCCAUCGUUUCGCUGGUGGUUUUGGUGGUCUCCGUGUCAACAGCCGUCUCCUAAUCCCUGUUCCUUACGCUGACCCUGAGGAUGACUACACUGUCCUUAUCAACGACUGGUACACAAGCAGCCACACCACUCUCAAGAACUUACUUGACAGCGGACGCACUCUUGGCUUACCUAACGGUGUUUUGAUCAACGGAAAGUCCGGCAAGGUUGGUGGAAAGAACAAGCCUUUGUUCACCAUGAAGCCUGGGAAGACUUACAAGUACAGGCUUUGCAACGUUGGUUUCAAGUCUACGCUUAACUUCAGGAUCCAGGACCACAGGAUGAAGCUUGUGGAGAUGGAAGGUUCUCAUGUUCUUCAGAACGACUACGACUCGCUUGAUGUCCACGUUGGCCAAUGCUUUUCAGUUCUUGUGACUGCUGACAAGGCAGCUAAGGACUACUACAUGGUUGCAUCAACGAGGUUCCUCAAGAAGGAGUUGACCACCGUUGGUGUGAUCCGGUACGCAGGAAGCAACGUUCAGGCUUCAGCUGAGCUACCCAAGGCCCCUAUUGGUUGGGCUUGGGCUUUGAACCAGUUUAGAUCCUUCAGGUGGAACCUGACAGCUAGUGCUGCAAGGCCCAACCCGCAAGGCUCAUACCAUUACGGAAAGAUCAAUAUCACACUUACCAUCAAGCUUGUCAACACUCAGAACGUUGUGAACGGUAAAGUCAGGUUUGGAUUCAACGGUGUGUCACACGUUGACACCGAGACUCCUUUGAAGCUUGCUGAGUACUUCCAGAUGUCAGAGAAGGUGUUCAAGUACAACGUCAUCAAUGACGAGCCUGCAUCCGAAAUCACAGCGUUGACCGUACAGCCUAAUGUUCUCAACAUCACUUUCCGUACCUUUGUAGAAAUCAUUUUCGAGAACCACGAGAAGAGCAUGCAAUCAUUCAAUUUGGAUGGUUACUCCUUCUUCGCAGUCGCUUCCGAGCCAGGGCGAUGGACACCUGAAAAGAGACAAAACUACAACUUGCUCGAUGCGGUAAGCAGACACACAGUGCAAGUCUACCCAAAGUCUUGGUCAGCGAUCCUGUUGACAUUCGACAACGCCGGAAUGUGGAACAUUAGGUCAGAGAACUUGGAGAGGAGAUACCUUGGACAACAGUUGUACGUCAGCGUUCUAUCACCAGAGAAAUCGCUAAGGGACGAGUACAACAUCCCCCUCAACACUAACCUCUGUGGCAUCGUCAAAGGCUUGCCUUUACCUAAAAGCUACACCUAA